UCCAGCCAGAGGGAAGCUCUUCAAUCCAAAGCUCGGGGAUUAUGAUUGCUAUUAUUUAAUUGUUAUGGAUUCGAGGGUUAGGAUUUAGGAUUUAAAGUUCAUAAGGACUAGGCUCAAAUUGAUUGUAGUGAAAUUGAACCAGCUGCUGCGUACCCAACUUCCAAAGCCAAUGAAAAAACCUAACUAAUUAACAAACUGCUCUCCAACGGUCUGCCUCUCAUGGCCUUUGCUUCGCCAAACCUCAAAUCCAUCCCUCACUUUCUCUCACCCCAGCCAUUUUCCUCCCCAUUUUCCUUUCUUUUCCUCCAAACACCCCCACGUGCACCACCACCCUCCAAAUUUCUUCACACCUCAAGGCGCCAAACCGUCCCAAGAUCCGCUCUUCGAGAAUGGAAAGAGUAUGAGGAGGCAGUGAAGCGCAAGGACCUAGCUGGAGCUCUCAGGUUCCUGCAAUCCAUUGAGACCCAGCAAAAAUCGAUUGAGUUUGUUAAUGGGUCCUUACCAGCUGACCCGACCCUUCCUCGACUCGGCGAGUUGGGGUUUGUUGGGCAGGAGAGGGAUUGGGAGGUCCUGGACACGUGUCUGAAUGCUGAUAAUAUGAAGCUGGUGGGCAAAGCUUAUGGCUUUCUCAAGGACAAGGGUUUCUUGCCCAGUUUUGGAAAGUUCAGGAACGUUGUUAUGGAGGGAACGCGUGAUGUUACACCAACAGUGUUGAAGACUUCAACUGGUUUAGAAGCAACGAAAUUUGCUCCAAAAAAGUGGGGCCUUUCUGAAAGUUCUGGUCCCAUUUUGAUUGCCUUUCUUGGCGGGAUAUCUUUUCUUCUUUCUCAAGGCAUCGAUCUCAGGCCUAACCUUGCAGCAGUAUUGGGGCUAGCAUUUGCAGAUUCUGUCUUUCUUGGUGGUAGUUGUUUAGCUCAAAUCUCAAGUUAUUGGCCCCCAAAUAGACGUCGGAUCCUCAUUCAUGAAGCAGGGCAUCUGCUAAUAGCUUAUCUAAUGGGUUGCCCAAUUCGUGGGGUGAUAUUAGAUCCAAUUGUUGCAAUGCAAAUGGGCAUUCAAGGGCAGGCAGGAACUCAAUUUUGGGAUGAGAAAAUGGCCAAUGAUCUUGCUGAAGGACGACUUGAUGGCUCUGCUUUUGACAGGUACUGCAUGGUGCUUUUCGCAGGCGUUGCUGCUGAAGCUCUUGUUUAUGGUGAGGCAGAGGGUGGAGAAAAUGAUGAAAAUCUAUUUAGGAGCAUCUGUGUUCUUCUACAACCCCCAUUGUCUGUUGCUGAGAUGUCAAACCAAGCAAGAUGGUCCCUUCUACAAUCUUACAAUUUGCUCAAAUGGCAUAAAAAUGCACACCGAGCUGCAGUUGAAGCUUUAGGAAGUGGCAGUGGUCUUAGUGUUGUAAUUAGGAGAAUUGAGGAAGCAAUAUUAGCUAAUAGGUGAACAGAAGUAGCUUUACAAAAUAACGACUCUUUACCCACAUGAGGAUGGAAGCAUAAGAGAUUCAAAAUAUAACUGGUGUAAGAAAGGCCUGUUUCUGCACUGCAGCCAUUGUCUUCCGUCACUUGGCUAUCCCCCAUAAACAAUUCGGGUCUACAACAGACAAGAAGAGUUGUCUUCCAUCAAGUAGGUUGAUCUUAUAAGGAGGAAGAUUCUCAGCUAAAUGAAAACUCCUUAGAGAGAAAUGACCCAAUUCACUAGCUGGCUUGUUGCCGCGUUACCCCACACCAAGAUUUAAACACCAAGAAUACAAUAUGCAUGCUGAGGCCUAGAGAUGA